UAUAAUCACACAAACCCCAAUUAUACAGCUACAGUUACACACUCUGUCUGUGUUGUGUUGUGUUGUGUGGCAUAGCGAUUCAGCAAUGGCUUUGGAAAACCUAAGCAGGGAUCAGUGCGUGUACCUGGCCAAGCUGGCGGAGCAGGCGGAAAGGUACGAGGAGAUGGUGGAGUUCAUGCAGAAGCUGGUGGUGGGGUCCACCCCUUCGUCGGAGCUGAGUGUGGAAGAGAGGAACCUGUUGUCCGUGGCGUAUAAGAACGUGAUUGGGUCACUCAGAGCGGCGUGGCGGAUUGUGUCGUCGAUAGAGCAGAAGGAGGAGGGUCGUAAGAACGACGAACACGUGGGUCUCGUGAAAGGCUACAGAUCCAAGGUGGAAUCGGAGUUAUCCGAUGUGUGUGCCAGUAUUCUGAACCUUUUGGACUCGAAUCUCAUACCCUCUGCUUCUGCCGGCGAAUCGAAGGUUUUCUAUUUGAAAAUGAAAGGAGAUUAUCAUAGGUAUAUGGCAGAGUUUAAGGUUGGGGAUCAAAGAAAAACUGCUGCUGAGGAUACUAUGUUGUCUUACAAGGCUGCCCAGGACAUUGCUUAUGCGGAUCUACCCCCUACUCAUCCUAUACGAUUGGGUUUGGCCCUUAACUUUUCUGUGUUCUACUACGAAAUUCUCAACCAGUCUGAUAAAGCAUGUGGUAUGGCUAAACAGGCUUUUGAGGAAGCAAUUGCUGAGCUGGACACCUUGGGAGAAGAAUCCUACAAGGACAGCACCCUUAUAAUGCAACUUUUAAGAGACAACCUCACCCUUUGGACUUCUGAUGUCCAGGACCAGCUAGAUGAGCCCUGAUAUCCCCUUGUAGGUUGAUGGCUCGUAUUCUUCCUCUGAAGGAGGUGGGCUUUGAAUGUCAUUUCUUUGUGCUGAUUAAGAAUCACCCUAGUUUAUAAAUGAUUGGCAAUCUGUGAUAUAUUGUGUGAACAGAAGACCAGGCUCCUUUUUCUUCUUUUUUUCUCUUUUUUGUGUUAUAUGAUCUGGAAAGGAUACUAUAUAAUGUGAAAUCCAAUUAAUUAUAUCUGGUGCAAUCUUCCCUUA